UGCCAACCGCCAUUAAAACAACAGAAGAAGAAGACGAAGAAGAAGACGAAGAAGAACAACAGCUACAUGCCUCAGCAACACUUUUGAGCUGCAGUGGAAUAAAUGUGUAUAUAAUAGUAAUAUAUAUUAGUCUCAGUAGAGCAGCGAUGGAUGUAGCGGUGUACCUGAUAGCUGCUGCCAUCCUCAUUGUGCUGAUUGUGUUCGCGGUGAAGCUGCGAGGGAGCACACAGGAAGCUGAUGAGGAACAGCAGAGGGAUGUCGUCCGGGCAGCGGGGCCCCGGCCACGGGUCGCAGAGGAGCGAGGGGCCGGUAUGCCCCGCAGAAGGAGGAAUCUAGCCUCCUCGAUGGCUAACAGACGACCACAGAGAGAGGACGUAGAAAAUGAGGAGGAACUUGUGGCGGAAGAGGAGGAAGAAGAAGAGCAGCAGAACCUCCAGUACACUGCAAAAGUUGGAGCCAAGAAGCAGAAGAAGCUGGAGGAGAAGCAGGCCAAGAAGGCCCAGAGAGAGAUGGAGCUGGAGGAGAGGGAAGAGAGGAAGAAGAUGCAGGAGCUCAGAGAGCAGGAGCGGCGUCAGGAGGACGAGAGAGAGCGGCAGCUGGAGCACAAACAGGAGGAAGAAGAGCAGCGGGCUAAAGAGGAGCAGGAAAAACGAGAUGAGGAGGAGUACUUAAAACUCAAAGCCUCCUUCACCGUGGAAGAGCAGGGGGAGGAGGAGCAGCUCAGUGAGGACCAGUCUCGGAAUCUGCUGCAAGACUUCAUCCAGUACAUCGAGAGCUCCAAGGUGGUUCUCCUGGAGGACCUGGCCUCUCAUUUUGGGAUGAGGACACAGGAUGCCAUCUGCAGACUGCAGGACCUUCUGGCUCAAGGCUCCCUGACAGGAGUGAUCGAUGACCGAGGGAAGUUCAUCUCCAUCACUCCAGACGAGCUGGACUCAGUGGCUCAGUUCAUGAGACAGAGGGGCAGAGUGUCCAUCACAGAGCUGGCUCUGGCCAGCAACUCCCUCAUCAACCUGACGCCUGAGGGCCGCAGCAGCGCCUGAGGGCCUCACACUGCUGCAGGAAAUCUGGACCAGGCUUCAUGAGGAGGCUGAAGAACGCUCAUCAUAUCAGACUGUUCCUCUGCUAUGGGCUUUGUAGUCUGUUUUGCUGGAGUGACAUCACUGCUCAGCAGGUGUCCGUCUCAUACAGACCAGGACUUGUUUGACCCACCCAAAAAUGAACAUUCACAAAAUAAAGAAACCUAUCAACGUGAAAA